AUGCUUAGCACACUUGCUUUGAAGUAUUGCCAUCAGAUUCUGUUCGAUCCGAAAUUCUUGAUAAGAAAAGAAUUCAAGUUUAAAAAACUACCAAUUAUUGUCAGAAUGUUGAUAAUGCAAUUAAUGGAUCCAGCUGAAAGAUUCGCAUUGAAUCUCACUUCGAAACGAAUGGAAACCGAAAUGAAAUUAAUGAAAAAACAGUAUUAUUAUCCUCAAAUAUUUUUUCGCAAUAGAGCUUCGUAUAUACAACUGCGGGGAGUCAUAGGUUUUCAAAUAUGCUGUUACUCGCGAGGAUAUAGGAGGGAAGAAGGAGGAUAUCACCGGCUACAUUACAAUAAAGCGACACUAAUUGAAAACACAGCUCUAGCUAUCAACAAAAUGUCCGAUGUUUUUAAAAUGGACGGUCUCGAAAUGGUGUUCACGAAAGUAACUCCAAGUUUGAUACGUCUCAAAAAUAUAUUCUCCAAUGACACUUUCAAAUCAUCUUGGCUCAAAAUUACAUUGCAUGAAAUUGUAUUGAACUCAGAGAUUGUCAACUUCUUUUUGAAUAUGGCGGAUCGUCGUAAAGAGUUUUAUAUUUUUGAUUGUGACAUGCCACUGGAUUUCAAACAUGAGAAUGCUUUCAAAUUUGGAACCAUUUGUUACUUUGAUGCACGAUGGGUCACUAUAAGUGACAUUCUGAAAAUCAGAGAUGUAGAAAAUGUGUCAUUGUACAGGACUAGACUCACUUCGAAUCAUGUGAGACGCUUCAUUUCCCGUUGGAUUAAUUGUCCAGAUGAUAUGUUCAAAUGGAUGACAAUCACAGCGAUGGAAAUUAUUCAGUUGGAAGGACUAUUCAACGAAUUGGUUGUGUUCAAUUAG